GACGGGCCAGCGCGCGCGACCCGGAGCGUGGGUGCAGGCGAGGAACCUGCUCGGGAGGUGGGAAGGUGACGGCGGCGACCUCUCGGGAAGGGGUCCCUGAGCGUCGGCUCCCUACGCGCGCGCCCCGCGAUGGGGACCGAGCUCGGGCAGGCGGGGGGAGGGGCCGCUGUCACGACGCUGAGUGAUCUAGCGGAUGUCUGAAAGUUGACUUGAGCAUAAGCAGUGAGAUGUUUUGCCAUUUGGGGGCUGUGAGGAGGUUGUGUCUGGAGAAAAUAUUGCUGCAGUGGGUUCUUCAGGCAAGACCUUUGUCAGGGGCUGAAGCCGUCAAUGCUCUCAGACCUUUCUAUUUUGCUGUGCAUCCAGAUUUCUUUGGCCAGCAUCCCAGAGAAAGGGAAAUCAAUGAAAACUCUCUUAAGAGGUUAAAUGGCUAUUUGGAGAAUCUCCAGAAACCAGGAUUUAAGUCUUUUAAGCCAACUCAACUCACUUUUUAUGUGAGAGAGAGAGAACAAAACUCUUCUGAUGUCCAAGAAUCCUUCAGUGCUGCAGUGCCUUAUCUAAUACCCAUUGAUGUCCAUUGGCAUUGGAUCAGGCCCUUAAAGGCCGUCCCAGGUUUUCGAGCCGUCAGUUUUACUUUGCACACCAGGGACUUACUAAGCACAGUAUUGGACAUUCUCAACUCCUGCAGCUUAUCUACUGAGCAUGUCCAAAGCGUGAACUCUCAGCCUCACAAAGAAGUAAAAGGGACGUUUUACAGGCCUAUCAAAUGGGACAAGACUUACUACUCAUUUACUGGAUUCAAGGAUCCUGAGGAAGAACUAGAACAAGCCCAGAGGGUGGAAAUUACUCUAAUCUCCUGGUUAGAUAAUAGUGAAAAAAGUGCAAUAAAGAAGCUGAGAAAGAGCUUACCACUUAGGGAAGAACUAAACCGUUUAAAAGAUGAACUCACUCAUCAGCUACAGCUCUCUGAUAUCAGGUGGCAAAGAAGCUGGGGUAUUGCCCAUCGUUGUAGCCAGCUACACAGUCUAGAUCGUUUAGCUCAGCAGAGCCCAGAAGUACUGAGGAACGUUAAAGGACACACAGUAGUAUUCACGGACUGUUCAGGUAUGAGUGCAACAGGCCAUGUCAUGCUAGGCACAAUGGAUGUUCACCACCACUGGAUCAAAAUUUUUGAAAGAUUGCCUAGCUAUUAUAAACUUCAAAAGAAGAUGCUGCUUUUGGAGGACCGUAUAAGUCAUCUUCUAGGAGGCAUACAAAUAACAUACAUUGAAGAGCUGCAGCCACUGUUAACUCUUGAAGAGUAUUACACCACUCUUGAUGCUUUCUAUAAUAGAUUGCUUAACAGUAAACUAUCUUUUCAUCCUCGUAGUCUGCGUGGCUUGCAAAUGAUUCUAGAAAGUGAUAGGUAUGCUCCAAACUUGCAUGAACUUGGGCAUUUUAACAUCCCAACAAUGUGUGAUCUAGCAACCCUUCAGUGGUUUAUUAUUACCAAAGCACAGCAAGCAAGAGAGAAUCUGAAAAGAAAGGAAGAGUUGACAGUGAUGGAAAAAGAGCUAAUCAGUGCUUCCACUGAAAAAUUUUCUCUGAAACAGCUGUAUAAGGAACCAAGUAUUUCCCAUGCACAGAUGAUAGAUUGUUGUAAGCGACUGCUGGAAGAAUCGCUCCCAUACCUGCAAGGCAUGCACCUCUGCAUUUCACACUUUUACUCAGUGUUGCAAGAUGGAGACCUCUGUAUCCCUUGGAACUGGAAAAGCUGAGGCCUGUUUAAUAAUCAGAGGAACUGUCUAUUUUCUCUGAGGCUAUAAACAUUAAUUAUUUUCUUUUAGAGUAAAUUAUUUAAAUGUGUAUUUUGAUAUCAGUAUUCUAACUAAUCCAAGAACUUUCUUUUUAAUUGCUGCUCAGAAAGUAGAACUUCAGUUCUAGACAGCUUGCUGAAUAAUGUACAUUAUUGCCUGUUCAUGCAUAAACAUUCUGUACGGUUUCCAUACUCCUUUACAAGUCCCAUCAUAGGGAAGGAGUAAUGAAAGGGCAUUUUUGAUAGUUAAACAAAACUUUUGAAUUGGAUUUAAAGGUUACAAAAAGGGGUUUGUUUUGUUUUUCAUAUACAUAAAUAUUCCAGGAUGGAUUUUGUUAAGUUCAUAGAAAUUGUACCUCUAAAGCCAAGCACUAUGUACUGCCUAAAGUAGGUAAUUGACAAGAUAUUUCUUAAUUUUUUAAUCCAGUUAGAGUAGUUUUAGGGGUGGCAAAAGCAGUAGAAGUAAUUCUAGAGUCCUUCAUAUAUCAUUAAGUAUCUGGUUCCAAUACUGUAGUUACAUAUUGCUGUAUAUCUUACUGUACAAGAAAUAUAGAAGAAGGAAAAAUCCAUCAGUGUUUUUAUUAUGCAGAUAGGAACAGUACUUUGAACAUUUGUUUAAGAGGAGUUUAUUUUAAAUGUCAAUCCAAUAUCUGCCCAUUGGAGUAGGUGUUUACACUUUCAAAAUGACAUCUUUUUUGUAAAUAUAUCUCCAGUCUACAUUAUUGUUACAAUCAUUUGUUACUGGAGUAUAAGAUGCAUCAAUUGUUUAAGUACACUGUAGCUACGGGCAUGACUGUGAAACUUCUCACACUGGUGAGCGCUGAUUUGCAUGACUAGUCCUGAUGAAGUCUAGGGAUGGUAGAAGUCAGUGAGUGUCUGUCUGACUACUUAUAACAGUAAAUGCUCACUAAUGUAAGUAUGAGGUUCACAAUCAGCCCUGAGGAUCAGACAUACUGAAUUUUAUUUAAACUUGAUAACUCGAAUAUAGUAAGAUAAGGAUUGAGGGCUUAUUUUCUGAGUAAAUGUUAGACACAUUAAAAAGCUGCUGUUUCACUGUAUUUCACACUAGAAUACACACCGUGUUUGAGUUCUACAUCUUGCAAAAUCAUCUGAAAGGAACUAGCCAGUUAACAUUUUUUGGACUUGGAUUCAUCUUUCAGAACUGGCAAAAAUACUGUAAAAUAAAUAUGUAUAAAUUAUGUAUAUUAUUGUUUGUGGUGUUAAGAUUGCCCACCAUAUCCCAAUAUAAGAUCGUGUUUUCACUUGCUUAUAACUUUGCUGUACUUUAACAAUUUGGGCCGAAAUUUUUGAUGCUAGGUGUCUGCUUUAGGCUGAAUUUUUUGGAAAACUUCAGCUGAAAUAGUUCAUCAUUUCUGAGAAAGAGGCAAAGGAAAAAAUAUUGUUUAGCCUAUGUUAAAUAUUUCUUGUUCUUCUUUGAACUGCUUCAGCACCCCUGUGCUUUGGAGCAAGAGGGUUGAUUUCUGUGUCAGGGAUGUGACUUUUGUCAUCCCCAUGAAAAUCCACUUGAAUUUGGCCAAGUUUUAAGCCUUUGAAGAAUUGCAUUUCGCACAUGCAGCGUAGAGCCUUGCUAGAGCUUAACUGCUAAAACUUCUAAAGAUUCCAUCCUCACUGAGUAUGCUCCAGCCCCUUAUGGCUCCUGUGUGUGACAGGACUGUGCAUGCACCAGCCCCAUAGAACAGCUGAGUAUGCUGCAGCCCAGGAUUACGAAGGCUCAGAAUUUCCUUGUAACAGCUGUUUCAGGCCAGGGUAGCACCAGGCACCAGAACUGAUCAGGGAGCCCGUCUCUCCUGUGCUCUCAAUGUCACCCCUGUCUGAAGUCCACACCAAGGCAGUAUGGACGAUGUAGCCAGUUGAUUUGAAGGUAGAAGGAACAAAAGCUGGACCCGAGCAGAGAGAAAGGAGUAGGUUGGGACAAGGAGUCUUCUGAGAGUGGGACUGGAAUGGGGAAGUAACUGACUAGAAGCUGAUUGGUAGUGAGAGACUGGGCAAGGAGGAGACUGGGACUGGGAUCCAGUUUGCUGGGAGGGGAAGAUAUUGAGAUCAGAUGAGGAACUAAGAUGAGGCAGGGACUAGGAACCAAUGUUGCAGGCACCUGGAAGGAGAGACAUCUGUCAAGGAGUUGGCUAUAGGGGAGAACUGGGACUGGCUGGGUGAAGACCCUGAGACAAGGAGUCUAGGUGGGAGACGGGAACCGAGAUUGGAUGAGGAGCCAAAGAAGGGAGAUUGAAACUAGGAGCUAGUGUGGAGAGGGGUGAGACCAAUCAAAAGCUAGGUGCGGAGAGACUGGACCUGGCUGGGCAAGGUGUUGGGGUAGGGAGUGGGGAACUGGGACUAGCUGGGUGAGGAGAUGGAGACUGGGUGUGGGGAGGGAAAGAGAUGGGGAGCCAGGGAGCAGAGGGGAUGGGGACAGCAUGCCCAGGGGGAAAGACAGAUUGGCUGGGCAAGGAGACUGAGAUGUGAAGACUAAGGAAUGGACGCUGGGAGUGGCCAGGUGAGGAGAAUGGGACUGACACAAGGAGCCAGGGCUGAGGAAGAGACAGGACCGGGACAAGUUGAAGGGAAAGGGAUGGGACAGAAGGGGUCAGGCUUGGGGGAAAUGGGAAGGAGGGUCUGUGCCCACUGGAGCUUGGGUUCUAUUCCAGACUCCCCAUUCAGAGUCUAGAAUAGAACCCAAGAAUGCAGAGUCUCGCCAUUCCUUUGCUGUCAGCAAACAUCUGUGAAACCCUUGUCAUAGUGUGUGUCCCAUCCCCCACUAGUACUGGUCCACGUAGAGGAUGACAGCCUACUCCUGCUCCUCUAUUGGCUCAAAUGGGAGAGGUCCGUAUGGUGAAUCUAAAGGUUUCAACCCCAUUGGUGACCCAUGUGGGUGUCAAUAUGAUUUCACAUUAUGGAAUUUGUUUUUUCAGUUUCUUUUUAAAAAAAACUAGGAAAUAACACACAAACUUUGUUGAAAAUUCAGUAUUAAGGUUGCAGAAUUAAGCACUCAAAAGUUAGGAAAUACCAGAAUGUAGAUUGCCUAACUCAACCCUCAGCAUUCUUCACAUCUAUUUUUUGUGUGGAAUGAGAAAAAAGGGUGGUGAUCAAUAACUACUACUAAUCAUAAUAAAAAUCCAAAGCCAGUUCUAUUUUUGAGUAUUCAUUGAUUUCACAUUUAAUAAUCAGAUUGGCUGAGACUUGAGACUUUUCUUCUCUCUUGUUUAGAAAUUUUGACUACUUAAUCAAAUAUUUGUAGGAAAGGUGGGUAACAAUUCUUGAAUCUCAACCAGUGAUCAAAGAUUUGAGAGGUGGGCCAUCCAUUAUCAAACCAGGACAUUCCAGAUCAUGUCAUUCAGACUUCAAGAAGUAGUUUAGUCUUUACUGUUGCUUUAGAAAGGAAAUUGAAAAGACAUGGUGCUGAAACAGAAGAGAUUGUUAAUCUUUACAAACUGAUAAACAUUUAAUUAUUAAAGAAUAAUUCCCGCAAUAAUUCCAAUCCUGUGUACAACUGUGGCUGUAUGAUAUUCAUGCUCUGGCAAACAGGAGCAUUAAUUUUGGUAAUUGUAUGUCUAGCAUUUUAAAGUACUUGAAACCAUUAUUCUGGUGGUGUGAUAUGUGAAGACAUUCCCCAGUAUCCAAAACAUUCUCCCCCCAUAUUUACUCACUAUGCCUCUUUCACUCCUAGCGCUGUAUAUGAAAACUGUGAAACCAUUGCCCAUCUUGUCAUUGUACUUUUGGCUUAUACAUACUAUGAUCUACUCUCAGGAACUAACAGUUUUUUGUAUCCACUUACGAUUUAGAAGGUGUUGAAGUGUCAAUUUUGAAUCUCGGCUUCUCUACAUGGCUACUUAGUGUACAGUAAGAUGAGGUGGAAAUGUACAGCACACUAGCCUGUGUGCUAAUUGCCCUUGUGGCCCUUGCUACUGCACACUAAAAGUUCCAUACUUUUAAUGCACAGUAACAGAGUCCACGCAGUCAGUUAAUGCGCAGCAGGCUAGUGCACUCUGCAUUCAGCACCCUGGCUUGCUGCUAAGUAGCUGUGUAGACAAGUCUAUAUUAGAUGUGUGUGGGGAUGGGAUAGAAAAGGAAAAUUCUCCCAUAAAGGACAGGUGGCUGAUUAACAAUGUAAGUGGAUUAAUAAUUCAUCAUAACUUUUUCUUGUAGAAAGUAAAUUAGAUGCAUAGCCUAAAUUGUGUUCACUGUAGCUGAAAUAACCUGUUCCUCUUAUGAGGAAAAGGUGAAACUAAAGCCUGUUAAUUAAAACUUUUUUGUCAUUCUCCUAAGAUGCAAGCAUUUGUCCACAAAGAGGAUAUUUGUAUGAUUUUAUGGGUAUGUGUAUAUUUAUAGAUUGUGUGAAUUGUAAAUGUAUGUAGUAAUGAAUGUCUCAAUUUUUUCUUUAUAAAUGUGCACUUUUGGUGAUGCUACAGGCCAAGUCAUAUCUGACCCAGUUGACAAGGAAAAAGUUUAAUUAUGGCAAAAAGUUUAAUGUAAAUUUAGAAAGAUAGAAAUUCAGUCUUUCCUUGCAUAAGCUGAAUAGUUGAAUAUUACAGAGAGUACUUGGUUUAGUUCUUCCAAGGUUGAGAUUAAAAAUUGGGAAUCUCAGUCUUCUCAUAGAUUCCAAGAGCAGAAGGGGCCAUUGUGAUCAUCUAGUCUGACCUCUUGUAGGCCAUAGAACUUCUCCAAAAUAAUUCCUAGAGCAGAUCUUUUAAAAAAACAUCCAUUCUUGAUUUUAAAAUUGCUAGUGAUGGAGAAUCCACCACACCCCAAGGAAAUUGUUCCAAUGGUUAAUUACCCUCACUGCUAAAAAUUUGUCUUAUUUCCAGCAGGGGUGACGGACUCCUUCUAAAAGAGGGGAAAGGGGUUUCUGCCCCAGCGAAGCUGGAGCCGGGCCAGGAAGCCCGGGCCCCUCCACCUACCUGGGAUGGGGGAGUGCGAGAGCAGUCCCCAGCUCUCCACCCAGGGCAGGUGGAGGGUCUGCAGCUCCUCACAGCUGCCCGCAUGGCUCUUACCCCGACCCAGCUCAGCCUGGGGGCAGGGCCUCGGGCCAAAGACCUGCAGCUGGGCUAUGGUUAAGAGCUGCCUUGGCCCUGGGAGGGGGGCCCGGAGGGCAGGGACAUGGGCCAGGGGCUGCUCUCAGGCCCCCCUAGCCUGGGCUGGUCGAGGAUCUGUGGCUCCCCACAGCUGCCCAGGCUCCCCAAGCUGAGCUCCAGCUUCCAACCUGGCCAGGGGAUGGGCCUCAGGAGGAAGAGGAGGGGCAGGGGGCCGGGUCCAUGGCCAGAAGUGGACAGGACAGGCCCAUCCGCCUGCCCUGUUCCAGCACCCCUGAUUUCCCAUCUGUGUUUCUGUCUUCAGCUCCCAGCCAUUGGAUCAUGUUAUACCUUUUGUCUACUAGAUUGAAGAGCCCAUUAUCAAAUAUCUGUUCCCCAUUUGGGUGCUUACAGACUGUAAUCAAGCCAUCCUCUAACCUUCUCUUGGGUAAGCUAAAUAGCUUGAGCUCCUUUAGUCUCUCACUCUAUAAGGCAUGCUUUCUAAUCCUUUAAUCAUUCUCGGGGCUCUUCUCUGAACUCCCUCCAAUUGAUUAAUGGACACCAGAACUGGUCACAGUAUUCCAGCAGUGGUUGCACAAAUGCCAAAUACAAAGGUAAAAUAACCGCUCUACCCCUACUCAAGAGUCCCAUAUUUAUACAUCCAAGUAUUGCAUUAGCCCUUUUUGCCAUAGCAUCACACUGACAGCUCGUAUUUGGCUGAAUCCACCACAACCCCAAAAUCUUUUUCAGAGUCAUUGUUUCCCAGGAUGGAGUCCCUACCCUAGAAGUAUGGCCUAUAUUCUUUGUUCCUAAAUGUAUACAUUAGCAUUUCGCCAUAUUAUGUGGAUACUGUUUGCUUGUGCCUACCUUACCGUGCUCUGUAUCAGUGACCUGUCCUCUUCAUUAUUUACCAUGCCCCCAAUUUUUGUGUCCUCUACAAGCUUUGUCAGUGAUUAUUUUGUUUUCUUCUUAAUAAAAACGUUAAAUAGCAUAGGGCCAAGAACUGAUCCCUGUGGUACCCAAAAGUUUUCUGCAGAAAGCUUUUUUUGUUUUUUUUCACUAAAAAGACACAGUUGGAAAGAGCAUAUCCUUUUCUGAACUAACAGAGAAGUGCUCUUGUCAUGCAGUUUGUUUUUACAGAUGUUUUAUUCCUGAUGUGAUUGUUUAAAUAACAAAUAAAUAAUUUUGUGCUCAAUUUUAGCUAAGACUCUAAUGGGGUACUGAAUUGCUGAAUAGUCAGGUUGAUUGCAUCAUCAGCUGCUUACUUCAAUAAAAUCUUUUAAAAUUCU